AAGAAAAAAAAAAAAACAAAAAUCCAAAUCCUAGAAGGUGAUAAGAAUGGGCAAAAAGUUCAGAAGUAAACGCUGUACGCAGAUUUCCUGUUAAAAAAAUCUCCCAAACAGCAGCGACCAGACCCACAAAACCGCGUCGUACCCUUCUCUAUCGCUUAAGAAUUAAGCAACACCAUUCAGAUCAAUCCAAUUUCAUCUUACAUGUCUAAACUUGAAAAUAUUAUAAGUUAACAAACAAUUAGCAAUAACCUGCGGACGGUCAGCUCGUGAAAAACGAAAUAAGACUUAAUCGGAGAUGUGGGCAAAGAUUACUGGACUUAGGCGGAGACAAACGUAGACAGCCGAAGACGAAGGGAGACGAGCGGACAUGACCAGAGGUGGGAGAAGACGAGUGGAAACAACCAGAAACGGGCGGCGGAGGAGGCAAGCGUGGUCGGCCAAAAACGGCGGAGACGAACAGACACGGGAGGAGGCGGACGGAUACGACCGGUAAACGGGCCGUAGACUCCUCAAGACAACCGGAGACGGGCGUAGAUGGGUCGGAGAUAACCGGAGACAGAAGAGACAGGCGCAGACGACCGGUGACGAGAAAUCUGAUAUUUGGGGCUACGGUUCGAAUUUGAUUUCUCUGCUUUGAGAAUUUGAUAGAUUUUUGUAUUUUUUAUAAUUAAAAAUAUUGGUUUGGUGAGUGGUGAGUAACGUAACCAUGGUUCAUUGGUUUCUAAUACUGUGGUUGAUUUUUUCUCUCGCUAAAAUUUUGCCUGAAAGAAAAAAAGGAAAAAAGAAAAGAAAAUUGAAAUCUACACGUGUCAGCUGUUAAGGUGGUGAGGGCGGCAGCAUCGAAUUAGCCGCCGAUGACGCAUAUCCAGAUUACACUACUCGAGAAAAGUAUGGCCCCCUUGUUUCCCUUCCUCCUCUCCGCCGUCUCCGCCUCGCCGCCGCCGGCCCUCCGCACUGCUUUCUACUCGGAGACCUGCCCGCAGGCGGAGGCCAUCGCACGGGGCGUCCUCAGGCAGGCCAUGGCCAGAGAAAUUAGAAUCGCUGCCUCUGUUAUGCGCCUACAGUUCCAUGAUUGUCUAGUUAAUGAUUGUGAUGGGUCAUUGUUGCUGGAUGACACGCCGAACAUGGUUGGAGAGAAAUUGGCUUUGUCGAACAUAGAUUCGCUGAGAUCGUACGAAGUGAUCGAUGAGAUUAAGGAAGCAUUGGAGAGGACGUGUCCUGGAAUUGUCUCUUGUGCCGAUAUCAUCAUCAUGGCUGCUAGAGAUGCUGUUCUUCUGAGUGAGGGCCCACACUGGGAAGUGAAAUUGGGCGAGUUUUUCGGGGCAUUUGUAGAGGGGAUGAUUAAGCUAGGGAUAUUUGCAGUCCGGGAUUGCAGGGUGGUUAAUGAUGGGCCGUUGUUGCUGACCCAAGCCCAACGUCAGGGUUCGGUUUGUUUUCCAACAGAUGUUAAUUGUGUUAAUUGUUAUUGUACAUGUCAAGACUCAAGCAGAGGUUUAAGCCUAAAAUGCGAUAAUAAUUUUUCUGCAAUAUCAUGUUUGUUUGCAUGUUGGGAUGAUGGCUUGGUUAUACAAGCAAAAAGUGUAAUAUUAUUAAAUGGCUCUGUGCUGUGUUUGGAACCGAGCAAGGUGUUCAAAUUGUAUGGAUAAAUAGGAACAAGCUCAGAAGCGCAUUAAAUUGGAC